UUUUUCACAAACCUUCUUUAAUUACUGUGUACACACUCAUACACACAGUCACACAGUGGAAAAAGCGACUCUUCCUUACCUCAGUACCUUCCUUACCCUUUUUCUCUUCCAAUUUUCUUUUUUCAUCAUAAUCAGCUCGAAAAAUUCCUCUUUUCUUCCAUAUUCAUCUUCUGGGCUCCUUCUCAAUUCCCAAUCCUCAACCUCCAUUUGCAUGUAAGAUUCAUGGCCAGAAGGUGACAAAAACUAAGAUCUUCUUCACUCACCAGCCUAUUUUCCUUUAUCUUUUGUUCUUUUUCCCAGCUGGGAGAGAGAUAUGCAGACGAAAAGAUUUUCCUUUUCUUGAACCACACAGGCGAUAUUCUCUCCUUUGUGUUUUAUCUUUUCCCUUAAUUUCUUUUUUUUAAAAGAUUCUUGAGGAAAAGCCCAAAACAACCAUUCUAUAUUUCUUUGAACCUCAUUUUGCUUCUUCCCAAAAUUUGGUUCUUUCUCUUAGGGUUAUGUAUAAGUCUUCCUUGAGUCUCUUCUGCCUCCAAGCUUUUUCUUCCAAGAGCUCAGAUUACUGCACUUAACCCAUCUGCAUAAUUGCUUGAAACACAAUAUGCAUCCAUCCCUUUUUUCCUUUUGGUCCCUUUGAUCGAAAAAAACACACAAAACACACAUCUGAGCCGUCACUAUCUUAUAACUGCUUAGCCCAUGAUAUCAUCAGCUACCCUUUUCUAAAAAGAUCUCAUUUUUUUUCUUUUUUACCCCUUUUGGGUUGACUGCGAAUUUUUUUUCUUAGACAAACAAGACUUACUCUCUCAGCUGAGGAAGUUAUCAAUGGUGGAAGAUAAAGAAGAUCAGUUGGAUUCAAUGGUGAAGACGAAAAGGUCCAGUCUUUUUGGAGGAGAUAUUCAUGGGAAAGAUCAAUCUGCAGGUAAGCUGUGUAUAAAGCUCAAGUUUCCUAAAGAAGAAGAAGAAGAUGAUGAAGAUGAAAAUACACAUAACAUGAUGACCGGAAACACCAAUUCUUGGGCGGAGGAGGAGGAAGAGGUGGCGGAGGAGGAAUCUCCGGCGAAGCAGAAUCAAAACAACACCGAAGAUAAUGCAACUGCGGCGGCGGCGGCGGCUACAGUUACACUCGCUAGAAUAUGUCAAGUGUGUGGAAAAGGGUUCAAGUCAGGUAAAGCAUUAGGGGGUCACAUGAGGGUUCACUUCCAGCCCAAUAAAGAUUUGAUCUUUACCACCAAAAAGUUGAACCAACAACAACCCUUGAUGAUCAAGAAGCUCAAGAAACCGAAACGGGAGAAAAGGCCGGAAUUUUUUGUGAACAAGAAGCCGACUUAUUAUUAUUACAGCAGCUACAAGUCAUCACAAAGUGAAUUAGAUGGUCUGGAUCAUGAGGACUACCCAUGUAGUAUUUGUGGUAAGAAUUUCCCUUCCAUGAAGUCAUUGUCUGGUCACAUGAGAUGUCAUCCUGAAAGAGAAUGGAGGGGAAUUCAGCCUCCAAGUUUUAGUCCACUUUCUUCAGUUCAUAAUAAUAAUAAUAAAUUAGGCAGCCCUUCUUCGUCUGUUUCUGAUCCUGAUCAGCCUCAAUAUAGCAGUAAUGAUGAGGAUGAUGAUGAUGAUGAUGAUGAUGAUGAUGAUAUGCAUGUGGUUGAUGAUCCGGAAAAAGGGGAUGAAACUGAUGAUUUAUCAAAGUCAUUGGGGAAUUGUUGGUCUGUUACUGCUAAGAGAGGGCGUAAGGCCAUUUUUGACAUGAAAGGAAAAGAAGAAGCAGCUGAUGAAGAUGAUGAUGAACAAGGGAUAAAGGAGAGGAAUGCUAUCUUUCAGCUUAUGAGUUUGGCUCGGGGUGGUUUCUUUGAAGCUGACAAUAAUAAUAAUCAGAAGGUGGUUAAGGAUGGAUUUGGGUCAGCCAAUAGUAAUCAUGAAGGGAUUGACAUGAGAAGGGUGGUUUCUGUUGAUGAAUCGAAGAAGAAGAAGAGGAGGAGGAUAAGGCAUCAUCCUGUGGAAGAGCUGAAUAGAACUGAAGAUGACAGCAAGAAGAGAAAAAGUGAUGUUGGCAGUGGCAUUGGGAUUGGGACUGGUAUGAUUGAAGAUCAUAAGGGUCAUGUGAUCAAGAAAGGUGUUCAAAGAACUGACUUUUUAGCUGGUGGGAAAAAUUUGGAGAUGGAUAUUAACUGGCCUAAUGAUCAGUGUGCAGCUGAAAAGAAGGAUUUCUGGGGUGAUGAGGAUGCUGAUGAUGACAGUGAAAAAACUCUUGAUAAUCAGCAGUUGAUGAAUCUUCAACAUCUUAAGCAAUCUGGCAGCAUUACUUCCAAUGGGAAUUUGAUCAUGGGAGUCCAGAGCAAGAAGAAGAAGAAGAAGAAGAUGAAACUCAGGGAUCUUGAAUCAGUCCAUCAUCAUCAUGAUUAUGAUCACAAUCUUCCCACUCCUUCAACGGCAGCUUUGACAGUGCAGCCAAAGGGAAAUUCUUCUUCUUCUCCUGAAUUAUUAGAGAAAUUCAGGUGCACCACUUGUGAUAAGUGUUUCUCAACUCACCAAGCACUUGGUGGCCAUAGGUCAGGCCAUAAUAAAUCCAGGAUGCUCAUUGAAAAUGCCCUUGAUCACUAUGAAUCGACAGCAGCUGCUGGUGAACACGAAGAUGACGAUCACGAAGAUGAUGAAAAUCCUACUAUGGAAGGGAUAAAAAAACUAAGUGGUGAUGGUCAGCAUGAAGAAAGUGCUGGUAGUAAUAGAUCGAAAUCAAAGGGGCCUGUGGUGGCAGAAGAAAGUGGUGGUGAUGGUAGUGAACAAGAUCAUCAUCUCUGCGAGAUCUGUAACAAGCAAUUCCCAUCUGGUCAAGCGCUUGGAGGUCACAAGAGAUGUCACUGGAGCAACAACAAUGCAGCAAGAAUUCAGGUUGCUUCACCUGCUGGUUUUGAAGGACCAGCAGUUAGCCAUACUGAUCAUGCUAAAGCUGUGGGGUUUGACCUCAAUGAAGAGCCUCCAAUGGAGGAUGCUGAUUAUGAUGAUGUUAGGGGAACAAAUGGCUGUGGUUAUGCAACUUCUAACUCAAUUGAAUUUCCUUUCUUUUGAGCCUCUCUUUUGAUGACCAUUUCUAGGAUCUAAUGCAGUCAGACACCUUUUAGUUCACACUACUGCUUAGGUUCUGUCCAAUUGAUGAUGGUUUUGUUUAGUUAUAAAAUUAGUAGUCAGUAAACCAUCUUUUGUUCCUUUAUGUUUGUUUGUUCUGAAUUUCUGGUGGGCAAUCCUCAUUCUCAAAUUUCAACUUUGGUAUUUUUCUUUUGGUUGUCUGUUCUACCUUUUACAGUUUACUUUCUUGUGGGAAAGACCAAGAAGCUGAGAA